GGUCACAUGACUGGCUUGCCUGGUCUCACAGUCACUGAGCAUGCUCAGACCCCUCAGUGUUGUCAGGCAAAAAUAUAAGACAGCAGUAGCAGCAGAGAUCUGCAAUAGAUAAACACACAGACUCUCACACACACCAGCUGGAUUGCUUGCAGACACACACCACGCGCACAGAGGGACAGACGCUGAAGAAUUGGGGGAUUGUGGCUCUGGUUUCUUGAAUUUCCGAUUUUAAUGGGCUUAUUGUCAUCUAUCAUUUCAGUGGAAAACAGCCAUCGAGGAGAGAGAGGCAGGUGUGCCCUUUAAGAGGGGGAGCAGCUGAGGCAAGGACGGCAGCCGAGUCUCCAUCCUCUGUGGAGGUUUUGCGGUCCUGAAGGGUGCGGGAAAGAGAGGCAGUCGGCCAGAGCUCUUCGGUUUUCUGUUCUCGUUCCCCUGCACCUGGAAAUAGGCUGCAAUGGUUGGCAGUAUUCAAAGGCCUAAACCUGUCUGAGUGAGCCCUAUGAACAGCAGACCCAAUGGACAUCAAAGGCCAGUGUUGGACAGACGAGGAGUCGGACGGGGAGAACGAGUCAGAACAGUUCCUGUAUGGCAUUCAGGGGAGCUGCGCUGCUGACCUGUACCGCCACCCUCAACUGGAUGCAGAUAUUGAGGCAGUAAAAGAUAUCUACACAGACAGUGCUGUCUCUGUUAGGGAGUACGGAACCAUUGAUGACGUGGACAUCGAUCUUCAUAUUAACAUCAGUUUCUUAGAUGAGGAGGUUGCGACAGCUUGGAAAGUUAUCAGAACAGAGCCCAUUAUUCUGAGACUGCGCUUUUCUCUUUCUCAGUACCUCGAUGGACCUGAGCCGUCAGUAGAAGUGUUCCAGCCCUCCAAUAAAGAAGGCUUCAGCCUCGGCCUGCAGCUCAAAAAGAUCCUGAGCACGUUCACCUCACAGCAGUGGAAGCACCUCAGUAAUGAGUUCCUCAAGGCCCAGCAGGAGAAGAGGCACAGCUGGUUCAAAGCCGGAGGAACCAUCAAGAAGUUCCGUGCCGGGCUCAGCAUCUUCUCCCCCAUACCCAAGUCUCCAAGUUUUCCUCUGAUCCAAGACACAGUUUUAAAAGGGAAGCUGAGUGUCCCUGAGCUGAGAGUGACGCGCCUGAUGAAUCGCUCUAUCUCGUGUACCAUGAAGAACCCCAAAGGGGAGCUCUUCAGCUAUCCACCAAACAGCCAGACUGUGGCUGUCCCGGCGGCCAGGGCCCCUGCGCAGAUUACCACGAGGCAGCUGAUUGAAUUGUUUUUCUCAUCCCAGGCGGGCGGCCACUGCAAGAACAUCCCCACCUUGGAGUAUGGCUUCUUAGUGCAGAUAAUGAAGUACUCAGAGCAGAGGAUCCCCACGCUCAACGAGUACUGUGUGGUGUGUGACGAACAGCACGUCUUUCAGAAUGGAUCCAUGCUGAAGCCGGCUGUGUGCACCAGGGAGCUGUGUGUGUUCUCUUUCUACACUCUUGGUGUGAUGUCCGGAGCUGCAGAGGAAGUGGCCACUGGAGCAGAGGUGGUGGAUCUACUUGUGGCUAUGUGUCGAGCUGCCCUCGAGUCACCCCGUAAGAGCAUCAUCUUUGAGCCCUAUCCAUCAGUCGUUGACCCCAAUGACCCCAAAACUCUGGCCUUCAACCCAAAGAAGAAGAAUUAUGAAAGACUGCAGAAAGCAUUGGACAGCGUCAUGUCUAUUCGGGAAAUGACCCAGGGCUCAUAUCUAGAGAUCAAGAAACAGAUGGACAAACUUGACCCUUUGGCCCAUCCUCUGCUACAGUGGAUUAUUUCCAGUAACAGGUCUCAUAUCGUCAAGCUGCCUCUGAGUAGGCAACUGAAAUUCAUGCACACCUCCCACCAGUUCCUACUGCUCAGCAGCCCCCCGGCCAAGGAGGCUCGUUUCCGCACUGCCAAGAAGCUUUAUGGCAGCACCUUUGCCUUCCAUGGUUCCCAUAUAGAGAACUGGCACUCUGUUCUGAGAAAUGGACUAGUCAAUGCUUCUUAUACCAAACUGCAGCUGCAUGGGGCAGCGUAUGGAAAGGGCAUCUAUCUGAGCCCCAUCUCCAGCAUAUCUUUUGGAUACUCAGGAAUGGGGAAAGGACAGCACCGCAUGCCCACCAAAGAUGAACUGGUGCAGCGAUACAACCGCAUGAACACCAUACCACAGAGCCGUCCAAUUCAAUCAAGGUUUCUUCAGAGUCGAAAUCUAAACUGCAUCGCUCUGUGUGAAGUUAUCACAUCGAAGGAUCUGCAGAAACAUGGGAACAUCUGGGUGUGUCCAGUAUCCGACCACGUCUGUACUCGCUUCUUUUUUGUGUAUGAAGACGGCCAAGUAGGAGAUGCCAACAUCAACACCCAGGAGCCUAAGGUGCAAAAGGAAAUCAUGCGUGUGAUUGGGACCCAGAUCUACUCCAGCUAAUGGCGGUUCUCCAGACAUCUCUCUAGCGGAGGCACGCAGGCAGGCAGACAGCGAAUGUUUGGGCGGGCUGACCUCAGGCCUGAUACCGAAGGCCAGAGGAGCUCUUGAGCACAUUAUUUUUGAAGUUGUUUUGUUGUGGUCCUCUUGUUUUCCUUUUCCCUUCUUUGUUCCACAUGCUCAUUUAAGCUUCAGUUAGGUUAAACCUGGUUAAAGUCUGUCAGCUUUUUUCAGUUUUAUGUCAUUUACAGCAGAACUGUAACACACCGAUGAAGAAAAAAAAAAAAGGAAGUAGUCACUGGCAUGGCUCUCCACACAUACACACAGUGGGCUUUCUCCUCUCUUGCUGCACUUUUACUGAUCCUUUGAACUAAUUAUCUCUAUUUAUCAUUUCUCUUUGUGAAUAUCUAGUAAGAAAAAAAAGGAAAAGAAUCAUUCCGAACCAUAAUUAGAUCCCUUUGUGGCAAAUAAGUGAUGGAUUUACAUGCACAUAGAAGUUUGUUCUCUUAUUGUGUUUGCAAAGGCAUUAUCUCCGAUCCAUUUAUUUAAUAUUCUUUGACUAAUGACAUGAAUUAAGGUCUGUGACAUGGUUAUCUGAGGGGCAAGCAGCACUCUGUCAUUUUGUCCUUGUUCGCUCCCAGAAUCCAAUAAGCGAGGUGUGGCUUGAACGAAACUUACAAACACUUUAGGCACUUUGUUUUUGAUAAUAUUAUCAAAUGUAUUUUUUUCAUAACAGAAUUGAGACAGUCCUGAUUGAUUAUGCACCUUCAAAACUCGUCAACCUCCAAACGUCAAACAGGAAUUAAAAAAGAAAAGAAAAACUGACUGGAUAGAAGUGACAUAGCAGGCUCAACAAGGGUCAUACAAUGUUAAAAAACAAACAAACAAUGGAUUUAAUCUGUGGACAUGUUAUAUCUGUUGCCUAUGUUGUAUGUUCAAAAAAAAAAAAAAAAAGACCACAAUCUGUCGCGCGCCAUCUUUUUGUUCAAGUAGCCAUCACUUUUUCUCCAAGUGGUGGAUAAUCUCUUUGUGAACAAACUACACUUCCCAUCAGAUUCACAACUUACAAAAAUCUACUGUACAGAAAAUCAUGGACAAUUUUCCAAAACUAUCUACUGACAGCAUCCAGUCCAGGUGAGCUCACAUCCUCCCAGCCCCAACCUGAGGGACACUGGAUGUUAUAGAUCUGCAUUAACUCUACGGUUUCACCCUGGAGAACGGCAACCUUGUAUAGCUAAUCAAAGUUUAUCAGUUAGUCAUGUACUGUAUGUAUGUAUGUACGUGUGGGUUUGUAUUUUCUUGACAUUAUACUAGACAUUGCACUUAUUCAACGUUUGCCUAAACUGGAGAAACAGACUGUCCUUGGACCUGCAGUAGACAACGAAAAGUGGUGAAAAAAAAGUAUUUAUGGAGUCAGCGAGACUAUAAUAUCCAACAUCUUAACCAUGUCUGUACUGAGACUGGCUUUCAGUGUCUCCUGAAACUAAAACUUCUUACUGUUGAAUGGACUCUGAGGCACUGAAAGAGAGCAAAUUGUAAAUAAGGACAUUGGAGACCUCACUGAAAUGUAUUGCCCAGAAAGACAUGGACAUGUACAGCUUACUCAUUGUGUCGUGGGGGGCUGUGAUCAAAGCUGAUGCCUGAUUUUGCCAAGAGGUUUGAGCUGCGGGUCUCUUUGAGAAUCUAUUCUCUGUCUCCGGUAAGUGAUGUUUUUGAAGAUGAUGUUGACAACAAUGAUGGUGAUUAUGACGAUGAUGAUGAAAGGUGAUGA